AGCAUGGCCACCUCUUGCCCAUACCAUCAUUCCCUCGACUUCUUCACUAUCUGAGUCCCUUUUGUAAACCCUCGUUUAACUUUAGCUCCCUAACACCAUACACGUUAUCCUCUGCCACUCCUCUUAUCAGCUCGCGGCAACCGGCGUACGAUUCAAACUUCCGGUUUAUAUCUUCACAUAAGAUCGCAAUGGCAUCGGUUUCUUCCUCGAGGAAUUUGAACUCCUCGUGGACGCCGAAGGAGAACAAGCUGUUCGAGAUGGCGCUCGCCGUGUACGACAAGGACACGCAGGACCGCUGGCACAAUGUGGCCAAGGCCGUCGGCGGCGGAAAAACUGCGGAGGAAGUAAAGAGGCACUACGAGAUUCUGGUGCAUGAUCUCAUGCACAUAGAAUCCGGCCAAGUCCCUAUACCGAAUUAUAAGUCCGCCGGCGGCAGCGGCAGCAACAGAGGAUUUGGUGACGAGCAGAGGCUUAUGAAAAAUUUGAAGAUCUGAUGGGAGGGAACAGAAGACUUGUAAAAAGAAGAAAAAUGGAUUAAUCUGUCACUCUCUAGCUGUUGUUUUCCUUCCUUCCAAAAGCCAAGUGUGCAAGAAAAUAUAUUUUAUGUG